CCUUUAACGGCGGUUUCGCUUUCGUUUCCAGCUGUCAGCAGCUGCAGCAGGAGGCGCCCGGUACCGGGCAUUGGUCAUCCUGGUCAACCGCAGUCUGCCCCGCCGACACCCUGACAGCCCCACCUGCGCCUCCGGCCCCGCGCUGCUCUUCCUGGUCCCGUCCUUUGUUGCCCCGCGCUGCCCUGCCUGGUCCUGCCCCGCCGGCACCGUGCUGCCCUGCCUGGUUCUUCCCCGUCCCUGGCUGUGCAGCCCCGCUCGGAGGAUGCACUUGGAUAGUGACUGUGACUCCUGGGAUGAGGCCGAGGAGAAGGAGUGGGAUGAGUGGAGGGAGUGGGAGAGAGACAGCCACCCGGACUCCUACAGGAGAGAAGAGGAGUAUUACAGACGGGAACAAAGAUUAAGAGCUUCUAAAGACCUGCGCAAAUACCGCUGCGGCUACCCCAAUAACAGGGACUACCCGUCUAAUCGCGAUCAGAGCCCUAGUGAAAUGCCGAAUCUGGCUUUCUAUCAGAACAGGAUACCUUUUAAACCCUAUGGAGAAUACAUAGACGUGAUUCUUAAAGAAUGGGAGAGCGAUUAUGACAGACUAGAGGAUAAUCAUUCUUAUAUUCAGUGGCUCUUUCCUCUGCGGGAGCGGGGAAUGAACUGGAAAGCCAAGCCGCUCACGCUGGCCGAGAUCGAGAUGCUGAGAAAAGACGACGACGCCAUGAGGAGGUUCCUCAAGGCGUACAAACUCAUGCUGGAUUUCUACGGCGUCAGACUCGUGGAUGAAGAAACCGGGGAGGUUGCCCGAGCUGAGAACUGGAAAGAAAGAUUUGCCAAUCUAAACGAUCACAGCCAUAACAACCUGCGGAUCACACGGAUCCUGAAGUGCUUGGGGGAGUUAGGCUUCGAACGUUUCCAGGCUCCCCUCGUCAAGUUUUUCCUAGCGGAGACCCUGUGUAACAAGGAAUUAUCUCACGUUAAAAGCAGCGUCUUGGAUUAUUUCAUGUUCACCGUGAAAGACAAAAAGCAACGCCGAGAGUUGGUGCUCUUUGCUUGGAAGCAUUACCAGCCCAGGGAGAAAUUUAUUUGGGGCCCCAAAAAAAUACUAGGAAAGUGCGAAAUAGACUUAGAAAACGAGACGGAUAAGAGUUCCAGACUUGAAAUGGUUGGCGUGGAAAAGACACAUGAAAAUAUGAAAGCAGUUGGCAUAAAAGAGAGGAAUGGAGAUGAAAAGAACGAUCUGAGAGGAGAGGAGAAUAUACAGUUGUUGGCUGAUGAUAAAUCGGAGGACAGAAACGUUUUAGACCAAGGAGAUGUGGUGGGCAGCCCGCCGGAGUCUUUGCCUGUAAGAGAAGAUCUGACACCUGGAACAAUCACUUGCCAAAGUAAGAAAAGGAAGACGAUCGCCAACCACGGAGACGGCAUACAAAACCAGAAGGUCUCCAAUGAGGAGCAGCUCUCCGAAAAUCUCCAAAACUGCAUUAUAAACCCCUCUCUGAUUAGUGAAACAACCAACAAGGAAGAACUAGAAGACAAGGAUAAGCUUGAAGUGAAAAAAUGUAAAUUAGACAUCGGAGAAAGUCAAGGCUGUGGUCCUGCCGCUGAAAUCCCAGAAGAUGGUAACCAAGAAGUAUCUGCCCUGGAGCCAUCUUUGGAUAGAAGCAUGGAGGACAAGGAAGAGGUCACUCAUUGCCUCUCGAGUGAAGAAAGGAAAGAUCUAGGAACUAAGGAUGAAGGGGGCUCGGAAGAGAUCGUCACACUUGGAGGGGAUGAGAUCUUGCUUGACGUGUCACAGAAGAGCCCAGGAAGUUUACCAGGGUCCAACCCGAUACCCAAAGAGAGAUCUGAUGCUGAGCCUGGAAACGGCAUAAUCAGCACUAGUGCUGAGAGCGAGACAUCGAAUCCAGAAGAAAAAAUGGUGGAAUUCGGUGGAAUUCUGAUGACCAAAUUAUGAAACAGCAGGAAUAAUGGGUCGUCUGGUGGAACUUGUGAGGAUCUCUCAAACCAACACGCCAUAUGAAACGCAAACUGGAGCCAUGCUGACGGACCAGAUGUCAGAAGAUACCAUCCAUUAUAGCGGCCUUUAAAGGAAGCCCGCUCCCGGAGCUCCCCGCGCGGAGCUGUAACCCGUGUCUCUGGAUGGGUGGUGAGAAGAGGACAAUAAUCUUUAAUUUAGCUGAAUGUUUUCUUUCCCGGCAGAACCUCUGGAAAUGUUCCCGUGUCUGGUGCUAGGUGGGAAUCUCACACCGUUCUUUCGAUGUUUUGUAAAUUUUUACCUGAAGAGCUUGAUUUCCUUUCUCUAAAAUUUAAAUAUUUGCCUUUUGAACAUGUUUACAGAUAUUUGUAUGAAGUCUUUCAGAAAUGCCGUUUGCAGAUCAUCCUAAUCAUCAUCGCCAUCAUCAUCAUCGCCAUAAUUUUUUUUGUCUCUCUAUAAAUUUACAAAUUAAACCAACAUUUCUUACA